AUGCAGGACCGCAAGCCGAUCGAGCUUGAGGCAGGCUGGACCUUCAUGCAGAAUGGGAUCAUGAAGCUGAGAAAGCUAUUGGAGGGAGAAGAAGAGGAGCAGUUCACUGCUGAAAAUUAUAUGAUGCUCUACACGACGAUCUACAACAUGUGCACACAAAAGCCGCCCUAUGACUACUCAGAGCAGCUGUACAACAGAUAUAAAGACUCUUUCAGCCUGUACAUUAGGGAGAAGGUGUUGCCAGCUCUUAGAGAACACCACGAAGAGUACUUGUUGAGGGAACUGUACAAGCGAUGGGGCAAUCAUAAGGUCAUGGUGCGAUGGUUGUCGCGGUUCUUCAACUACCUAGACAGGUACUACAUCACGCGGCACUCGCUGCACUCCCUCAAUGAUGUGGGCCUCAUCCGCUUCAGAGACGACGUGUACACGGAGGUGAAGGUGCAGGCGCGGGGGGCGAUCCUGGCGCUAAUAGAGAGGGAGCGUGAGGGGGAGCAGGUGGACCGAGCGCUGCUGAAGAACGUGCUGGGCAUCUUCAUCGAAGUGGGCAUGGGCGGCAUGGACUGCUACGCGGACGACUUUGAAAAGCAGCUGCUCUCCGACUCCGCCGCCCACUACAAGAAAAAGGCCACCGCCUGGAUCGCGGAGGACUCGUGCCCAGACUACAUGCUGAAGGCGGAGGAGUGCCUGAAGGCGGAGGAGGAGCGCGUGGCCAACUACCUGCACGUGGACACCAAGCCCAAGCUGCUCAAGGAGGUGGAGACGGAGAUUCUGGAGCACUACGAGAGCGAGCUGCUGGAGAAGGACAACUCCGGCGCUGCCUCCCUCAUGCGCGACGACAAGAAAGAGGACCUGGCGCGCAUGUACCGGCUGUUCCAGAGGAUACCCAAGGGCCUGGAGCCGGUGGCGGAGAUCUUCAAGAAGCAUGUGGAGGCGGAGGGCAUGAAGCUGGUCAAGGAGGUCACCGAAGCCAUCCAGAGCAAGAAGGAGAAGGACGCCGGCAAGCCGUCCAAGGACUCUGGCAGCACCCACGAGCAGCAGUACAUGAAGACUGUCAUCGAGCUGCAUGACAAGUACCUGCAGUACGUGGUGGAGAGUUUCAACAACAGCUCGCUGUUCCACAAGGCACUGAAGGAGGCGUUCGAGUCCUUCUGCAACAAGACCGUUGCCGGUAUCACCUCCGCCGAGCUCAUGGCCAACUUCUGCAACACCCUCCUCACCAGGGGCGGCGGCGGCGACAAGAUGACGGAUGACGCGGUGGAGGAGAUGCUGGACAAGGUGGUCAAGCUGCUGGCCUACAUCAGCGACAAGGACCUCUUCGCAGAGUUCUACCGCAAGCGCCUGUCGCGGCGCCUGCUGGCCGAGCGCUCGGCGUCCGAUGACCAUGAGCGCGCCGUCCUCACCCGCCUCAAGCAGCAGUGCGGCGCCCAGUUCACCUCCAAGAUGGAGGGCAUGGUCACGGAUCUGCAGCUGGCGCGCGAGAAGCAGCAGGGCUUUGAGGCGUGGCAAAAAGAGAACGGCAAGACGAUUUCCAUCGACAUGUCCGUGCAGGUCCUCACCACCGGCUUCUGGCCCCAGUACAAGGUGGUGGACUUGGCGCUGCCUCAGGAGAUGGUGGAUGGCGUCUCGCUGUUCAAGGAGUUCUACGAGGCGACGGUGAAGCACCGGCGGCUGCAGUGGUACUACCACCACGGCUACGCCAACCUGCGCGCCAACUUCCGCUCCAAGCCAAUUGACAUCACCACCAACACCACCCAGGCCACCGUCCUCCUGCUCUUCAACGCCGACGAAAAGCUGUCGCUGCAAGAGAUAAAGGAGCGUGUGAACCUGCCGGACGAGGACAUAAUCCGCAUCCUGCACUCCAUUUCCUGCGGCAAGUACCGCAUCCUGGCCAAGGAGCCCAACAACAAGACCAUCAACAAGGCCGACAUCUUCACCUUCAACGCCGCCUUCACCGACCGCAUGCGCCGCAUCAGGCUGCCAGCCCCGCCGUCGGAUGAGCGGAAGAAGGUGGUGGAGGACGUGGACCGCGACCGGCGCUACUCCAUCGACGCCGCCAUCGUGCGCACCAUGAAGUCCCGCAAAAUCCUGCAGCACCAGCAGCUGGUGCUGGAGGUGGUGCAGCAGCUGCAGCGCAUGUUCCAGCCGGACAUCCGCGUCAUCAAGAAGCGCAUCGAGGACCUCAUCAACCGCGAGUACCUCGAGCGCGACAAGGACAACCCCAACACCUUCCGCUACAUGGCCUGA